AGUUGCAACCCGGAUUCAGAUAUAAUAAGACGGUGAAGUUACUCCGCUGAAAUAUAUUUUAAUAUUUCAUUAAAUAAGUAGUUUUCAAUGAAUGAAUUUAAUUUAAUUUAGUGUAAUUGAAUGAAAUUAAUAAGAUAAUAGUCGGUUUUGUUUAGUUAUGUGAUUUAAACUACGAAAUUUGAAGAAAAUCGUUACCUUGGCUGGCAGCAACAAAAUGAAAGAAUUUUGAUUUUUUACAUAAACACAAAAAUUAUUUCCUGAAUUUUCAACACAUAAAAAGGAUAUCUGUGUGUUAUUAGUGUGGUUUAUAGAAGACAUAAAUGGUUAAUAUAAAACGGAAAAACUAAUUUCAUUGGGAAAAUGAGAAAAUAGAAGAUGAGAAUACAGACACUAGACAUAAGUAAAACUGAAAGAAGAAUGAAAUAAUAAUGUGCUCUUAGUCUAUGAAAAUCUGCUAUCUGCAAUCACAAACACUCUCCACUCGACAACAGCAAAAUUUAUGCUUUAGAUCUUUCUCAUAAGAAGACGUCGAGUCAUUUUUAUAUCUCAGAAGGAGUGAAAAGAAAAAAAACUAAUAUCGUAGAUUGGUGACAGUAGAAUAACAUGCAAGUUCAUAUUAUUAUGGAGAGACGAAAACUAUUAUAGCCCUAUAGAAAUCCAAACUUGACUUCAAUUGAUGUGAAGAGUAGUGCAGCUAUUUUUUUUUCAUAAUAAAAUUUUUGAAGCGAAUAAUAAAAAAAGGAAAAAAAUGAAAAAUAAUAAAGUACUUUGAGCUCUCGUAAUAAUAAAUAAGUUCACGUCAAAGAGCAUAAAAUAAGUGAAGUGAAUAUAAGAGAAGUUUCAAUGACAAAUAUCUUCAUCAGAACAAAACACUUUUAAUAGUUGUAGAAUUAAAAAAAGAGUUCGCAAAGCAGCUUUCAUCGUAAACUAGCAAAGAUUGCAAAAAAUAAAAUAUUUGAGUCUUGAAACAUCCAAGGCGAAAUUUCCCGGCAUUUUGAGAUAAACAAAAAUCCGAUACGCAAUUUGGGAGAAGAAAAGAAAAGAAAGAAUAAAACAACAAUGAAGAAUUUGAAUAUUUCCUUCGUUCUUCUAUUCAUGCUGAUAUUGUUUGCAUCAGCAGAAAAAGGAUAUUACGGUAACGGCGGAAGUAUGAAUGAUGGUGCUGACAUGGAGGUUCACAUAUCAAUGCCGUCGCAGAAAAUUGGUAAUCCAAGAUGCGAGGAAAUAACGAUACCAAUGUGUCGAAGUAUCGGCUAUAACAUGACGAAAUUUCCAAAUGAAAUGAAUCAUGAGACGCAAGAAGAAGCUGGUCUGGAAGUGCAUCAAUUCUGGCCUCUUGUUGAAAUUAAAUGUUCACAAGAUUUAAAGUUCUUCUUGUGUUCAAUGUACACUCCAAUUUGUAUCGAAGAUUAUCUAAAGCCAUUACCAGUUUGCCGUUCAGUUUGUGAACGAGCUAGGAAAGGUUGUGAACCAAUAAUGGAGAAGUACAGCUUUAAAUGGCCGGAUCGGAUGAUCUGCGAGAAUCUUCCAGUGCUUGGCGAUCCCGAUAAUCUUUGUAUGGAACAUCCAAGCUACUCGGAAGAAGAACAUUCAUCAAACAAUGAUAAUCAUAAUACAAACUACAAUAACAAUAACAUGAAUAGCAAUAAAAAACAUCAUGGCGGGUCAUCGACAUCCACAACAAAGAAAUGUCCAAAAGGCGAUAGAAAAUGUCAACAAGCGAUGGCCAACGAUCAAAAGAAUCGCGAUUGUGCUUGCAAAUGUCGUUAUCCUUUAGUUCCUUUGGGCAAAGAAAGCAUUUGGUACAACACGACAGUUGGUAAAGUUGGAAGCGUCAACUCGUGUGGAAUUCCAUGCAAAGGAGCGUUUUUCUCACAAGAUGAAAAGGACUUCGCUUACUAUUGGAUAGCUUUAUGGUCGGGAUUCUGUGCUGUUAGCACUUUCAUGACUUUGACAACAUUUCUCAUCGAUACAGAGCGCUUUAAGUAUCCGGAAAGACCGAUUGUGUUUUUAUCGGCUUGUUAUUUCAUGGUGUCCAUGGGAUAUUUGACAAAGCAUUUUAUAGGACAUGAAAAAGUUGCUUGCGAUGGUCGCGUCAUAAAAUAUUCUUCAACUGGCCAAAGCUCAUGUACGAUUGUCUUUCUCUUAGUUUAUUACUUUGGAAUGGCAUCGUCAAUUUGGUGGGUGAUUUUAAGCUUCACAUGGUUCUUGUCAGCUGGAUUAAAAUGGGGCAACGAAGCAAUCAGUAAAAUCUCACAUUUCUUCCAUCUUGCUGCUUGGUUGAUUCCAACAUUACAAAGUAUCUCAGUGUUGGUUCAUCCAGCAGUUGAUGGCGAUCCAUUGGCCGGAAUUUGUUACGUUGGAAACACUUCAAUUGAGCAUUUAAGAAAUUUUGUUCUUGCACCGUAUUUUGUGUAUCUCGUCAUUGGCACAACGUUUCUUCUUGCUGGCUUUGUUUCUCUCUUUCGCAUACGCUCAGUCAUUAAACAACAAGGUGGAAUUGGAGCUGGAUCGAAAGCUGACAAACUUGAAAAGCUCAUGAUACGAAUUGGAAUAUUUAGUGUGCUUUAUACAGUUCCUGCUACCAUCGUCAUCGCUUGUCAUCUUUACGAGUCGAAUUUCCAUGAUGAUUGGAUGACAACACUUGCGUGUCCUUGUGUUGAACAGACUGACGAGUGGCGGAUACAGCCAGUUUAUCAGAUUCUCAUGUUGAAAUAUUUUAUGACACUCGUUUGUGGCAUAACGUCAGGAAUUUGGAUUUGGUCAGGAAAAACGCUCGAAUCAUGGCGUAAACUUUGGAGAAGAUUAUGUGGCACAAAACCAGACCAUUCAGGUGCUGGUCAAGUUCUCAUUAAGCCACGUCCUCAACUACCUCAGCCUUACGUGGCAACAACACUUCAAGGAUCAGCAGCAUCAGCUUCACUACUGACAGCUCCAUAUGCACAAACUAUGGGCAGUAUGGCAUCAACAAGUCAUCAUCAUUUACAUCAUCAUGUUUUGAAACAUCCAAUGAGUCAUAUUUGUGAAGGCGGCCCAGGCACAACAAUCGAGAAUGGUUCUUUAGUAGAUGCGAGGGCGGUCUCGGUGGUCGUCUCCACUGCAAAAAUGACAUCAAUUUCACAUCCAGGAGGUCAAGCAUUGAGUGAUUAUGGGCCCAUAUAA